AUGGCUCGAGCUUUUGAGAUGGAUGACGGUGAGAUGACCGGUGCUGGUUUACCCAGGAGUUCCAGGAGAAACUCAGAAACUCCAACACAAUCCUUAUUGCGAAAACAAAACCGGAAGGGCAAUGGUCAUCCCAAAGGACUCCGAACCACUUCUCCAAUGGGCAGGGUCAUCUUGAUAAAUUCCCCUUUAGAAGCCAACAGCGAUGAAAGCGAUUCAGUUCUUGCUAUCACAGUAGAUAAAAGUCCAGAUGGAAAAUUGGGGUUCAGUGUUCGCGGAGGGUCAGAGCACGGACUGGGAAUUUUCGUCAGCAAAGUGGAGGAAGGGAGCAGCGCUGAGCAAGCUGGUCUGUGUGUUGGAGAUAAGAUUGCCGAGGUGAACGGUAUCAGUUUGGAAAGCAUAACGAUGGGGAGUGCAGUCAAAGUCCUCACUGGGAAUAACCGUCUCCGAAUGAUGGUGAGACGGCUGGGAAGAGUGCCAGGGAUUAAAUUCUCCAGAGAAAAGACCACAUGGGUUGAUGUUUUGAAAAAGAGGCUGGUGGUGGAGAAGAUCGGCUCCACACCAUCAGACAGCAGCUCUGAAGAUGGUAUGAGAAGAAUUGUCCAUCUUUACACAUCCUCCGACGACAGUUGUUGGGGUUUUAACAUCAGAGGAGGAAAAGAAUUUGGGCUUGGGAUCUUUGUUUCCAAACUGGAUCCAGGAGGCAUAGCAGAAGAAAGUGGAAUCAAAGUGGGAGAUCAAGUCCUUGCAGCCAACGGAGUCAACUUUGAAGACAUAAGCCAUAGCAAGGCAGUUGAAGUGCUAAAGGGACUAACACAUAUUAUGCUAACAAUUAAGGAAACAGGCAUGUACCCUGCUUACAAGGAAAUGAUAGCAGAGUAUUGUUGGUUCAAUAAAUUGAAAAAUGGCCAACUACAACUUUCCCAAACAUCUGAAACUAGCUCUUCCAUCUCCUCCUAUUCUUCUGGGGCUCCCGCAAACGCCGUAAAUGGAUACCAUCAAGCACUUAUUUCUAGCCCAGCCUUGUACGAUCCAGGAAUGGUGGACGUGGGCAUUUCUACAGAAGCUUCACAUGACGGGUUCUUAGAAAGGACAGAAACUGCCAUACAGACAGAUCUUCAUUUGUCUCCAUCUGGGUUCUCAGAUUCUGAAGGAUCUCAGAAAUUAGGAAAAGUUGCAGAGACCCAGAGAACUGUGCGCCCAACAGUACUUCUGAAAGACACAGCCAUAAGGACAGAGAGCUUUCUGGAAUCUCAACAGAAGAAAAAAAAGAACAAGGCUUCCACCGGAGACUUCCCUAGGUCGGAAUCUCCAAAAACUGCUUUGUUACUGGCACUCAGCAAGCCUCGGAAACCGAUCAAGAGAUCUCAGAGCUACUUGAGCCUUUGGGAAGCCAAAAAGAAGAAGAAAAAAGAGAAAAGGACAGCUGGAAACAGUGGCUUGGAGCGCUCAAAAACAUUUAUGAACUUAUUCUUUAAAGGCAGCCGGGGGAAACUAAAUGGCGAUAACAGUAAGGAAGCAGCAACUGGAUCAAAGCCACGCUCACACCGUGACCCAGAUAAAGUUAACAUUGUUCAGAAAUUUAUGAUCAGAAGCCUGAAGAGGGGGAAAGAGCGGAAUCAGCCUUUUUUCUUUGGAUCCCAAAGGGAUUUGAAUGCGCUGUAUAAUGGCGACAUGCAUUUAUCGCUGGAGGACAGACUCUCAGUGAUCGAAGAUAUGGCCAUGAAGCUGCUCAAUGAAGAUGAGGUUGCGGCUGUCUUGCGUCAUUGCAGACGGUAUAUCCAGGAUGGAGGCAUCGAAGAUCUGACAAGACCAUUGCUUGCGAUCUUGGAUCGGCCAGAGAAGCUUUUACUUCUAAGAGAUAUUAGGGGGCUGAUAGCUCUGACUGACCUGGGCAGGUUUGACAGCAUGGUUAUCCCUCUGGAGCAAGAUGCUUACGAUGCUCUGAAAAGCAGAUCAGUGUCAUCACCAGUUCUACGACCCACUCAACACGACGACACACUUCCCAAGAGACAUCUUGUCACUCCGGUUCCUGAUUACAGAGGGGGUUUUCAUCUCAAACCAGCAGAUGAUAAUGCAAACCGUGAAAGGCUUUUAGCAGGAGAUAUGGAAAGGUUAAAGGUUGGAGACUCUUUGGUGGUAAAAAGGACGCACUCCAAAAAUUACACCCCACUCGAAGAUGUGCCAGUCGAUUCCUAUAACGUGCAAAAUACAUCUUUACAAAAGUCUUCUUCCAAAGCUGCAAAAGCAAACUGGCUCCUCACUGAAUCUACUAGUUUAGCCGAAGGGGCUACCGAUUCCCCUCCUUCAUUGCCCAAUGAGACGAGGACCUUGCCAUCCAGAAGUAGAAAGGAACAAAAAAGCAAAAAAAUGACAUUUCAAACUCCAAGAACUACCCACAGCAGGUCAAGGGAAAGGAAAGCUGAUGUAUAUUCUGUGCUUAAUAAACCUAAACAAUCCAGGCCAAUCUUGUCCCAGAUAUUUGGAGGAGUUUCUCUGAGUUCAUCAAACCUUGAUAUUCAAUUAAAGCCUCUAAGAAGAGACACAGAGCUUACAACAACUGAACAGACCUCACAGAACGGCUUCAGUAACGCAAAAGAAGAAGAAUACGAACUGGCAACAGUAACAAUCUCAAAGAUGAAACAGUCAUUGGGGAUCAGCAUUUCUGGAGGAAUUGAAUCCAAAGUUCAACCAAUGGUAAAAAUUGAAAAGAUCUUUCCUGGAGGAGCGGCGUUUGUCAGCGGUGUUCUCCAAGCUGGUUAUGAACUGGUUUCCGUUGAUGGGGAAUCUUUGGAGAACGUGACGCACCAACGCGCCGUUGACGUGAUUCGCCAGUCCUACAGCAAUAAGGUGAAAGAGCCAAUGGAAUUCGUUGUCAAAAUUCCAAAGAGAUCCAGCAGCGACCAGCAGGUGAAAGUGACUAAUGGAAAAUGUUCGGAGGAUGUGUAG